CGGCGCGCGCCUAUCACAUCUGAGCACUUGGAACUACACGGUGGAAUUUUGUUGAAUGCGUUGGGUUUAAAAAUGUACUACAUCACCCAGAGGUAGUAGAUCUACCAGAUAGUCACAGCUUCCACCAGUCUGCCUCUCCUCAAACCUUUCUUCAGUGCAGACCACAACAGGCACCACAUGAGGACAAUGUGAAGAAAUCAACAUCUGGAUCAGAGAUUUUUACCCCAGCUUCUUUGCAGUAUAGAUCUUCAACUGCUGUGCAACUAACAAGUAAAGACACUAUUAACAAUCUACAAGGGGUGCACAGCACAAGUAAAAAUCUCUGCCAAGAUAUGAAGACUAAUUUUAAACACAAAUUUAGAUAUAACAAUGGUCACUGGAGUCAUACAGGACAGAGACAUUAUAGCUGUUCUGACUGUGACAAACAGUUUUCAAAGAAGAGCAGCCUUCUGGUACACACAAGAACUCACUCAGGAGAGAAGCCAUACUGCUGUUCUGAUUGUGGCAAACAAUAUUCAUCAAAGAGGAGUCUUCUGGUACACACAACAAUUCACACUGGAGAGAAGCCCUAUUGCUGUUCUGAUUGUGGCACACAAUUCUCAUCAAAGAGGAGUCUUCAGACCCACAUAAGAAUUCACACAGGAGAAAAGCCCUAUUGCUGUGCUGAAUGUGGAAAACAAAUUUCUUCAAAGAGAAGUCUUCUGGUACACACCCGAACUCACACUGGUGAGAAGCCAUAUUGCUGCUCUGAAUGUGGAAAGAAAUUUUCUUCUAAAUGCAGUCUUCAGACCCACAUAAGGAUUCAUAAUGGGGUGAAGCCAUACAGCUGUUCUGAAUGUGGACGGCAAUUUUCACGAAUGAGCCAUCUUCGAAGACACAUAAGAAUUCACACUGGAGAGAAGCCGUAUUGCUGUGCUGAAUGUGGGAAACAAUUUGCAGACAGUAGCGGUAUUCUAAAACACACAAGGAUUCAUACUAGUGGGAAGAGUGUGAGGACUACAUACUACAAUAAUGGCAAACUUAAUAGAAUGAAAACAAAUGUGGUACAGGAAUGUGUUGUUGCUAAAGAUGGAGGUUCACUCCUGUAAUGACAAUGUUUAAAACAAACUAUAUGGAGAAUCCACAAAUGAAAUGGUUUUACUGCUCCAAAUGUAGCAAAUCCUUUUCUACGAGGAGCCGUUGCCAGAACCAUGUAAGAAUUCACAAUGGAAAGAAUCUGUCUUAGUAUUUAUAAUGUGGUGAUUCUCCUGUUAUGUAUAUACAAUUUCACAUUGAGCAAAAUCAUGAUACAUUCUCUGAAUGAAGCAGAUAAUCAUGGCAGUUUGGUCGAAAUCUAACAUCUUAUUAAAGAAAGAAACGUCCUGUAACAGGACAGUUCAGUAAUCAGACAGGAGAUUACUCCUCAGCAAAUUGCCUUGGAGGGAGCAUUCUUCAAAAGCAGUCUGUUACAGAAUAGUCAGAGAAACAAAG